GCGCGGGCGGCGGGUCACUGCGGACGCCACGGCGAGCGGGCAGGACAGGGGUGGACCUUGGCAGGCUCCGCAUGACCAGCUGCGUGUGAGGAGCAGCUUUCAGCUCCCGGGCACCAACAGCACGGAGCAGGCCAGUGAACCCAGAGCCAUGGCAGCCAAGCUGGGAGCCGGCACAGCCCCCAGGCCCCAGGCCAGGAGCAUAGCUGGGGUGUAUGUGGAGGCCUCGGGCCAGGCCCAGAGUGUCUACACUGCCAUGGAGCGGGGUCUUCUGCCCGCUGGGCUCGGGCUGGCUCUGCUAGAGGCCCAGGCAGCCACUGGGGGCCUGGUGGAUCCUUCCCAGGGCCAGCUGCUCCCUGUGUCUGAGGCCCUGCAGCGGGGCCUGGUGGGGCUGGAGCUGAAGGAGAAGCUGCUGGCCGCUGAGCGUGCUGCUACAGGCUACCCUGACCCCUACGGGGGUGAGAAGCUGCCCCUCUUUCAGGCCAUCGGGAAGGAGGUUGUGGACAGAGCCCUGGGCCAGAGCUGGCUAGAGGCCCAGCUGGCCACUGGGGGCCUGGUGGACCCUGCCCGUGGAGUGCGCAUGGCCCCUGAACAAGCCUGCCAGCAGGGCCUCCUGGACCGGGAGACGUGGCACAAGCUGUCAGAGCUCCAGCCUGGCACAGGCAUCCUGCACUUCCUCGACCCCAACACGCUGGAGCGGCUGACAUACCACCAGCUGCUGGAAAGGUGUAUACGGGCCCCUGGCUCAGGGCUGGCCCUGCUGCCCCUCAAGAUCACCUUCCGCUCCGUGGGCGGGGCAGUGAGUGCAGCCGAGCUGCUGGAGGUGGGCAUCCUGGAUGAGAAGGCUGUGCAGGGUCUGCAGGAGGGCAGGCUGCUUGCAGCGGACGUGAGUGCAUGGACCAAGGUGCGGUGCUACCUGGAGGGUACCGGCAGUGUGGCCGGGGUCGUCCUGCUGCCCGAAGGCCACAAGAAGAGCUUCUUCCAGGCUGCCACUGAGCACCUGCUCCCGAUGGGCACCGUGCUGCCACUCCUAGAGGCCCAGGCUGCCACCCACACCCUAGUGGACCCCACCACAGGCCAGCGGCUGUGGGUGGACGAGGCAGUCAGGGCAGGCCUGGUCAGCCCAGAGCUCUACGAGCAGCUCCUGGUGGCUGAGCAGGCUGUGACAGGGUACCACGACCCCUUCAGUGGCUCCCAAAUCCCCCUCUUCCAGGCCAUGAAGAAGGGGCUAGUGGACAGGCCGCUGGCACUGCGGCUCCUGGAUGCCCAGCUGACCACAGGAGGGCUGGUCUGUCCGGUACGUAGGCUCCGGCUGCCCCUGGAGGCCGCCCUGCAUUGCGGCUGCCUGGAUGAAGACACUCAGCGACAGCUCUCAGGGGCUGGUGGCUUCUCAGACCCUGGCACACACGGCGGCCUGCGCUAUGAGCAGCUACUGGCCCGCUGUGUCACUGACCCUGACACUGGGCUUGCUUUCCUGCCGCUCUCAGGGGGGCCCAGGGAACGGGAGCCCCAGGGACCCCCAUUCAUCAUGCAUAGUACUCGGCAGGCCCUGAGUUCAGCCACAGCCACCAUCUCCGUGGGGAAGUUCCAGGGCCGGCCUGUGUCCCUCUGGGAGCUGCUCUUCUCUGAGGCCAUCUCCGCAGAGCGGAGGGCGAUGCUGGCCCAGCAGCACCAGGAAGGAACCCUCUCUGUGGAGGAGCUGGCUGCUGAGCUGACUGCCACCCUCGAGCAGGCUGCAGCCACUGCCAAGGUCACCUUUUCUGGGCUGAGGGACACUGUGACACCAGGAGAGCUACUCGAAGCUGAGAUAAUCGACCAGGACCUGUACGAGCAGCUGGAACAUGGGCAGGCCACAGCCCAGGAUGUGAGCACCCUGGCCUCCGUGCAGAGGUACCUGCAGGGCACUGGCUGCAUUGCAGGCCUGCUGCUGCCCGGCUCCCAGGAGCGCCUGAGCAUCUAUGAGGCCCGACGCAAGGGACUCCUCCGACCCGGCACCGCCCUCAUCCUCCUGGAGGCGCAAGCCGCCACAGGCUUCAUCAUCGACCCGAAAGAAAACAAGGCACACUCCGUGGAGGAGGCGCUGAGGGCCGGUGUCAUUGGGCCCGAUGUGUACGCAAAGCUGCUGUCGGCCGAGCGUGCCGUCACCGGCUACACCGACCCCUACACCGGGCAGCCCAUCUCCCUCUUCCAGGCCAUGCAGAAGGGCCUCAUCGUGCGGGAGCAUGGCAUCCGCCUGCUGGAGGCCCAGAUAGCCACGGGCGGCGUCAUCGACCCCGUGCACAGCCACCGCGUGCCCGUGGACGUGGCCUACCAGCGCGGCUACUUCGAUCAGAUGCUGAACAUGAUCCUGGUGGAUCCCAGCGACGACACCAAGGGCUUCUUCGACCCCAACACACAUGAGAACCUCACGUACCUGCAGCUGCUGGAGCGCUGCGUGCACGACACCGAGACAGGCCUGUACCUUUUGCCACUCGGCAGCACGCAGUGCCCGCUGGUGGACAGUGCCACCCGGCAGGCCUUCCAGAACCUGCUGCUCUCUGUGAAGUACGGGCGGUUUCAGGGGCAGAGGGUCUCUGCGUGGGAGCUGAUCAACUCUGAGUACUUCAGCGAGACCCGUAGGAGGCAGCUGCUGCAUCGCUACCGGCAGCGUGAGGUCACGCUGGGGCAGGUGGCCCAGCUGCUGGAGGCUGAGACGCAGAGGCAGGCGGAUGUCACACUACCUGCACUGCGGGGCCGGGUCACUGCCCACCAGCUCCUGGAGGCGCGUAUCAUCGACCAGCAGCUGUUGGACCAAGUGCUGGCUGGGACGGUCAGCCCCGAGGACCUCCUCCUCAUGGAUGGCGUCUGCAGGUACCUGUGUGGCGUGGGAGCUGUCGGCAGUGUGAGGCUGCUGCCCUCCGGCCAGCGGCUUAGCCUCUACCAGGCCAUGAGGGAAAAGCUGCUGGGGCCCAGUGUGGCCCUGGCCCUGCUGGAGGCCCAGGCAGCCACCGGAGCCAUUGUGGACCCUCACAGCCUGGAGAGCCUCUCAGUGGACGAGGCUGUGCGCAGGGGUGUGGUGGGGCCGGAGCUUUAUGGCAGGCUGAAGCGGGCUGAGGGUGCCGUCACUGGCUUCAGAGACCCCUUCUCUGGGAAGCAGGUGUCCCUGUUCCAGGCCAUGAAGAAAGGGCUCAUCCCUUGGGACCAAACUGCCCGCCUCCUGGAGGCUCAGGUGGCCACAGGAGGGGUCAUCGACCCCAUGGGCCACUACCACCUCCCCAUGCCCGUGGCCAUUCAGCGUGGCUGUGUCGACCAGGAGAUGGAGACGGCCUUGUCCAGCUCCUGUGAGACCUUCCCCACGCCAGACGGCCGGGGGCGCACCAGCUAUGCCCGGCUCCUGGAGCAGUGCCCCAGGGAUGAGACUUCUGGCUUUCAUCUCCUGCCCUUGCUAGAGAGUACUCCUGCCCUCCCCACUGAGGAGCAGGUCCAGAAGAGCCUGCAGGCAAUGCCGGGCACCGAGGACGGCACAUCCCUCUGGGACCUGCUCAGCUCCUGCCACUUCACUGAGAAGCAACGGAGGGCCCUGCUGGAGGACGUGCAGGAGGGGAGGACAACUGUGCCAGAGCUGCUGGCCUCUGUGCAGACAUGGAUACAGGAGACCAAGCUCCUGGCCCAGGCCCGCAUCACAGUGCCCGGCCCGCGGGGUGAGGUCCCUGCCGUCUGGCUGCUGGAUGCUGGCAUCAUCACCCAGGAGACCCUUAAGGCCUUAGCUCAGGGCACGUGGUCACCCACCCAGGUGGCUGAGCAGCCAGCAGUGAAGGCCUGCCUGUGGGGCACAGGUUGCGUGGCUGGUGUGCUGCUGCAGCCCUCCGGGACCAAGGCCAGCAUCGCCCGGGCCAUGAGGGAUGGCCUCCUGCCUGCCGGCCUGGGCCAGAGGCUGCUGGAAGCCCAGGUGGGGUCGGGCUCCCUUGUCGACCCCCUGACAAACCAGAGACUGUCAGUGGAGGAUGCUGUUAAGGUCGGCCUGGUGGGCAGGGAGCUGAGUGAGCAGCUCAGGCAGGCCGAGAGGGCAGUGGCCGGGUACCCAGACCCCUACUCCGGGGGCUCCCUCUCGCUGUGGCAGGCAAUGGAGAAGGGACUUGUGCCGCAGAACGAGGGCUUCCCCCUCCUGCAGGUGCAGCUGGCCACGGGGGGUGUGGUGGACCCUGUCCAUGGGGUGCACCUGCCCCAGGCAGAAGCCUGCAGACUUGGCCUUCUAGACACAGAGACGAACCGAGUGCUGACUGCGGAUGACGAGGACAACAAGUUCUUCUUUGACCCCAGCGCACAGGACCAGGUGACCUACCAGGAGCUCAGGGAGCGCUGUGUGCACGAUGCUGAGACCGGUCUGUUGCUGCUGCCCCUGCCCUCGGACACAGCGCUUGAGGUGGAUGACCACACUGCAGUGGCUCUGAGGGCCAUGAAGGUGCCUGUCAGCACGGGGAGGCUUCAGGGCUGUAGCGUGUCACUCUGGGACCUGCUGCGCUCUGAGUACGUUGGUGCUGAGAAGCGGCAGGAGCUGGUGGCACUCUGUCGGUCUGGGAGGGCCGCAGCCCUACGGCAGGUGGUCAGCGCGGUCACUGCCCUGGUGGAGGCUGCGGAGAGGCAGCCCCUGCAGGCCACUUUCAGAGGGCUCCGGAAGCAGGUGUCAGCCAGGGACCUGUUCAGGGCACAGCUGAUCAGCAAGAAGACGCUGGACGAGCUGAGCCAGGGGGCGACGACUGUGAUGGAGGUGGCGGAGAUGGACAGUGUGAGGCGGUCCCUGGAGGGCGGCAACUUCAUUGCCGGGGUCCUUGUCCAGGGCACCCAGGAGAGGAUGAGCAUCCCAGAAGCCCUGAGGAGGCACAUCCUGAGGCCUGGCACGGCCCUGGUGCUGCUGGAGGCGCAGGCGGCCACUGGCUUCAUCAUCGACCCCAUGGAGAACCGGAAGCUGACCGUGGAGGAGGCGUUCAAGGCAGGGAUGUUUGGCAAAGAAACCUACGUGAAGCUGCUGUCUGCCGAGCGCGCCGUCACCGGCUACACCGACCCCUACACCGGGCAGCCCAUCUCCCUCUUCCAGGCCAUGCAAAAAGGCCUCAUCGUGCGGGAGCAUGGCAUCCGCCUGCUGGAGGCCCAGAUCGCCACGGGCGGCAUCAUCGACCCUGUGCACAGCCACCGCGUGCCCGUGGACGUGGCCUACCAGCGCGGCUACUUCAACGAGGAGAUGAACCGCGUCCUGGUGGACCCCAGUGAUGACACCAAGGGCUUCUUCGACCCCAAUACACACGAGAACCUCACGUACCUGCAGCUGCUGGAGCGCUGCGUGGAGGAUCCCGAGACGGGCCUGUACCUGCUACAAAUUGUAAAGAAGGGCGACACCUACAUGUACAUCGAUGAGGCCAUGAGACACGUGCUGCUAUCCAGAACUGCAAAAAUGCGCGUGGGGAGGUUUGCUGACCAGGUGGUCUCUUUCUGGGACCUGUUGUCCUCUCCAUACUUCACAGAGGACAGGAAGCGGGAGCUGAUCCAGGCAUAUGGAACCCAGAGUGGGGGCCUGGAGAAAUUGCUGGAAAUCAUCACCACGACAAUUGAAGAAACAGAGAUGCAAAACCAAGGCAUCAAGGUGGCGGCCAUCAGAGGGGAGGUGACAGCCGCAGAGCUGUUCAACUCCGGGAUCAUCGAUCAGAAGACCCUCCACAUGCUUCGUGCAGGGAAGACUGGGGGGCAGGUGCUCAGCACGCUGGAGUGCCUGAAGCCCUACCUAGAAGGCAGUGGCUGCAUCGCAGGGGUGAUGGUGCCCUCCACCACAGAGACCGUGAGCCUCCAUGAGGCCAGCAGGAAGGAGCUCAUCCCUGUAGCAUUUGCAACCUGGCUGCUAGAGGCGCAGGCCGCCACUGGUUUCCUUCUGGACCCCUGCACCCACCAGAGGCUCACUGUAAAUGAGGCUGUGGUUGUGGGCCUGGUGAGCCAGGAGCUACGUGACAGGCUCCUGAAGGCCGAGAGGGCUGCCACGGGCUACAGGGAUCCGGCCACGGGAGACAUGAUACCACUGUUCCAGGCCAUGCAGAAGCAGCUCAUCGGGAAGGCAGAGGCGCUGAGGCUGCUGGAGGUGCAGGUGGCCACGGGGGGUGUCAUCGACCCACGGCACCACUACCGGCUCCCACUGGAAACAGCCUACAGGCGGGGCUGCCUGCACAAGGACAUAUAUGCACUCAUUUCUGACCAGAAGCACAUGAGGAAACGGUAUGUGGACCCAAACACGCAGGAAAAGGUCUCGUACCAAGAAUUGCAGCACAGGUGUCACCGGCAAAAGGACACUGGUUGGCUACUCUUCCCAGUGGCCAAGGAUGCACAGGACUCCCAGUACAUUAAUGAUGCGACACGAAGGGCCCUGGAGGCAGAGCAAGUGGACAUAACAGUGGGCAGGUUCAGAGGCCAGAAGCCCACACUGUGGACACUGCUGAACUCGGAAUACGUGACGGAGGAGAAGAAGCUCCAGCUGGUGAGAAUGUACAGACUGGACACGAGUCGGGCACUGCAGAAGGCAGCACAGCUGAUCUCAGACAUGAUUGAGAAGCAGGAAAAGGGCAGCAAACAGCUGUGGUUCCCAGGGAUCAGAGGACAAAUCACAGCCUCAGAACUCCUAAGCUCAGGCAUCAUCACAGAAGAAAUGCUGCAGGACUUGGAAACUGGGCGGAGCACAGUGCAACAGCUCAGGAAGGACAAGCGAGUCAAGCGCUACCUGGAGGGCACCAGCUGCAUCGCGGGCGUCCUGGUGCCCGCCAAGGAUGAGCCGGGCCGCCAGGAGAAAAUGAGCAUCUACCAGGCCAUGUGGAAGGGCGUGCUGCGGCCCGGCACGGCCCUGGUGCUGCUGGAGGCGCAGGCGGCCACCGGCUUUGUCAUCGACCCCGUGCGCAACCUGAGGCUGUCCGUGGAGGAGGCCGUGGCCGCGGGCGUGGUGGGCGGCGAGAUCCAGGAGAAGCUGCUGUCGGCCGAGCGCGCCGUCACCGGCUACACCGACCCCUACACCGGGCAGCAGAUCUCCCUCUUCCAGGCCAUGCAGAAGGACCUCAUCGUGCGGGAGCACGGCAUCCGCCUGCUGGAGGCCCAGGUCGCCACGGGCGGCGUCUUCGACCCCGUGCACAGCCACCGCGUGCCCGUGGACGUGGCCUACCGGCGCGGCUACUUCGACGAGGAGAUGAACCGCGUCCUGGCGGACCCCAGCGACGACACCAAGGGCUUCUUCGACCCCAACACGCACGAGAACCUCACGUACGUGCAGCUGCUGCGACGCUGCGUGCGCGACCCGGACACCGGGCUCUACAUGCUGCAGCUGGCCGGCCGGGGCUCCGCCGUACACCAGCUGAGCGAGGAGCUGCGCUGUGCCCUGCGUGACGCCCGCGUGACGCCGGGCUCGGGCGCCCUCCGGGGCCAGAGCGUCUCCGUCUGGGAGCUCCUCUUCUACCGCGAGGUGUCCGAGGGCCGGCGACAGGACCUGCUGAGCAGGUACCGGGCGGGCACGCUGACCGUGGAGGAGCUGGGCGCCACCCUCAUUUCGCUGCUGGCGCAGGCUGAGGCUGAGGCCGGGGCCGGGAGUCCGCGCCCAGACCCCCGGGAGACCCUGCGCGCAGCCACCAUGGAGGUCAAGGUGGGCCGCCUCCGGGGGCACGCGGUGCCCGUGUGGGACGUGCUGGCAUCCGGCUACGUGAGCGGGGCCGCCCGGGAGGAGCUGCUGGCCCAGUUCGGCUCGGGGACGCUGGCCUUGCCCGCGCUGACCCGCCGGCUGACCGCCAUCAUCGAGGAGGCCGAGGAGACACCGGGGGACCGGCAGGAGCUCCAGGACGCCUCGCGUGGCCCCGGGGACCCGGGGCCAGCCGGGCAAGGGGACGGUGACUCAGGGCGCUCCGCGGGCGAGGCCGAGGCUGCCCGCCACCAGGAGCAGAGCCUGCGUGGCGCCACCAUGGAGGUGCAGCGCGGGCAGUUCCAGGGGCGGCGGGUCUCCGUGUGGGACGUCCUCUUCUCCUCGUACCUGAGCGAGGCCCGCCGAGACGAGCUCCUGGCCCAGCACGCGGCCGGCGCCCUGGGCCUGCCCGACCUCGUCGCCGUCCUCACCCAGAUCAUCGAGGAGACCGAGGAGCGGCUCAGCAAGGUGUCCUUCCGCGGCCUGAGGCGCCAGGUGUCCGCCUCCGAGCUGCACACGUCCGGGAUCCUGGGCCCCGACACCCUGCGGGCCCUGGCCCAGGGCACUAAGACCCCGCAGGAGGUGACGGAGAUGGACUCGGUCAAGCGCUACCUGGAGGGCACCAGCUGCAUCGCGGGCGUCCUGGUGCCCGCCAAGGAUGAGCCGGGCCGCCAGGAGAAAAUGAGCAUCUACCAGGCCAUGUGGAAGGGCGUGCUGCGGCCCGGCACGGCCCUGGUGCUGCUGGAGGCGCAGGCGGCCACCGGCUUCGUCAUCGACCCCAUGCGCAACCUGAGGCUGUCCGUGGAGGAGGCCGUGGCCGCGGGCGUGGUGGGCGGCGAGAUCCAGGAGAAGCUGCUGUCGGCCGAGCGCGCCGUCACCGGCUACACCGACCCCUACACCGGGCAGCAGAUCUCCCUCUUCCAGGCCAUGCAGAAGGACCUCAUCGUGCGGGAGCACGGCAUCCGCCUGCUGGAGGCCCAGGUCGCCACGGGCGGCGUCAUCGACCCCGUGCACAGCCACCGCGUGCCCGUGGACGUGGCCUACCGGCGCGGCUACUUCGACGAGGAGAUGAACCGCGUCCUGGCGGACCCCAGCGACGACACCAAGGGCUUCUUCGACCCCAACACGCACGAGAACCUCACGUACCUGCAGCUGCUGCAGAGGGCUACUCUUGAUUCUGAGACUGGGCUCCUAUUUCUUUCUGUUUCUCCACAGUGACUGUGCUCCCGUUAUGAACUUUUUGCAUCUCUCGACAAGAUGAGGCAUAAUUUUCUUCUUUUUUUUUCUUCAUAUUUUUUCAUGUUGUUGUUUUCCCAUCAGUUAUGCAUGGAAAUUAUUUCAAGGUAUCAUUCAUUGUGAGUGGAGUUUGUCUUUUCCUGUCAAUGUCUUUCCCAACUGAUUUUCUGGUUUUUCUAUGGCCCUCUUGCUUUCAUAUGGUUUCACUUUCACUGCUUUUUUUUCCCACAACAUUUUUGUGCUUGUUUCGGAUUCAGUUGUGCCUUUUUAAGGAAGGUUACUGUAGACUCUCCGUCCAUCAUGUCAAGCGGUACAGCUUUGUUGUGGGGGUAAUUUUCAUAAAUGGACUGUUUUCCCUUAUGUUGUGCUGGUCAUAUUCACGGUGAAACCCAUUUUUCAUCAGUCAGUGUCUACUACUUCAUGCUCUGGCUCAGUUUGCUUCCUCCAGUGCCUUCCCGCUCCCUGCUGUGCUUGCCAAGAGCAGGGGCAGGAUUCCCUCUCCUGGCUGCUGCUUCACUUUAUAGGUGUGACCUCACCAGCGUUUACUGGGUGACUGUUGUGGAGAAAUACCUAUGGUGGCAGUUUACAAAGAGAAGUGCUGGACAGGUAAAAUAUGAAUGAAAGUUUUGUUUUUGAUUUCAAAUUUUUGAAGGUUCAGUCACCAGUGUUUAUACCCUGAAUAUCCAGAUAGAUAGUACAUUACACAAGUGAAGCAAGCCAUCCAAAACCCAGGGUUCCUAGAGCCCUAUCUCAGAAUCGUAUCCACAUAGGCUGUGGGGAAGUCAUGCUCAAAGAUUCCUGGGACAAGGUGAACGGACUUUCGUUAUUAAUGGAAGAGUGGCAGUUGGAGCAGGUGACAAAGAAGCCCUGCCAGUCCCGCUUCAUUCACUCCACACAUGGGUUGCCCACGGCAUCUGGGUGGCUUGCUCUCCAACGGUAGCAGCACGCAGAAGAAUCCAGGUGUGCUGCCCAGUGGCUGUGUGUGGCUUGGCUUUCUGGGGGCCUGCAGGCUGGGCGUGGGCACCAUGGAGGACAGUCCCUGUGCUCGGCUGGCUGGAGCAAGGACAGACUAAGAGGACAGGGCUUGGACAUUGUGGAUGAAGAGCCAGUGGCCUCAGGGCAGAAAUGACAUCUGGGUAACUCAUCAAAAUGUGCCUUCCAGGCCCUGGAGAAAAUCUCUGCCAGGUUCUGGAGGUGGGCUUAAGGGGCAGGGGGCCAGCAAGGAAAUAGAAACUGUAGUGAGGUUCACAUGUGCUGACGUCCACAGAUGUCAAAGUAGUCACUCGGCACAAGCCACUUAGUAACUCUCAUCCCAGUGUCAUAGCCGUGUGCGACCCGUGAUGAAGGCUGCGAUGCGGGAUGCAGUCACAGCACCAGUCUUGACAUGGGGGCCAGGGAGAACCUUGAAAAACAGGUAUCGGAAAGGCAUCGCAGGGUGCUCUCACACGCACUCCUCUGUUGUUCUUGAGCAAGCCCUGCAUGUGUGCCAGUCACCUGUGCUGCACAAGUUCUCACCGUGAACUUUAUGGCAAUGCUGCAGAAGGGAAUACAUGCCUGAUCAGUGUUUAUGAGCUCCACGUUUUUCUAGCCUUUUACCGUGACCUUAUAUUUGAAGCGAGUCUCUUACACAAAGCAUAUUAAUGGGUGGGGGCUAUCUUUAUCCGAUUUCACAAUCUCUAUGUUUGGAUUGGUGUAUUUACACCAUUGCAUUUUAUUUAUUUAUGCAUUUAGGCUUCUUUUUUUUUUUGAGAUGGAGUCUUGCUCUGUCACCCAGGCUGGAGUGCAGUGGCACAAUCUCAGCUCACCGCAACCUCGGUCUCCUGGGUUCAAGUGAUUUUUCUGCCUCAGCCUCCUGAGCAGUUGGGACUAGAGGGGUGCACCAUCAUGCCCUGCUAAUUUUUGCAUUUUUAGUAGAGACCGGGUUUCACCAUAUUGGCCAGGCCACUCUCAACCUCCUGACUGUGAUCUACCCACCUCGGCCUCCCAAAGUGCUGGGAUUACAGGUGUGAUCCACCCACCUCGGCCUCCCAAAGUGCUGGGAUUACAGGUGUGAUCCACCCGCCUCGGCCUCCCAAAGUGCUGGGAUUACAGGUGUGAGCCACUGCACCCAGCCUAGACUUCUUAUUUGUUUUCUUUCCCUCCUCUGUUUUUUUGUUCAUUUUCCCUCCCUCAACUACCUUUUUUUUGGAUUAUUGGAAUAAUUUUUAGUAUUCCAUUUAAAUUUACCAGCUUUGGGCUAUUCUUUUUUCUUUCUUUCUUUCUUUCUUUUUUUUUAGAAAGAAAGAAAGAGAAAAGGGGGAGAGAGAACAGGAGUCUUGCUCCAUUGCCCAGGCUAGAAUGAAAUCUAAAAAUAGGUAUUAAAAACCUCUUUUAUGCUGAUAAUUGUGCUUAACAGUGGAGACAGGAAGGAAUAAGGGAAGAAAAUAACAAACAAACAGCCAACCAUAUUUCAUUCAAGUCUGUGAAAUGUUGCGCAAAUGCUGAAGAGUGAUUUACUUCCAAUUAUGUGGUCACUUUCAAAAUAGGUGUAAUGUGAUACGGAGAAAAAUGUAUGUUCUGUGGACCUGGGGUGAUGAAUUCUAUAAAUAUUCACUGAGUUUACUUGUUCCAGGUCUGAGUUCAAAUCAUAAAUGUCUCUGUUAAUUUUCUUUCUCGUUGAUCCUUCAAAUAUUAACAAUGUGGUGUCAAAGUCUCCCGCUAUUAUUGUGCAGGACUCCAAGUCUCUUUAUAAGUCAGUGAAAACUUGUCUUAUGUAUCUUGGUGUUCCUAUAUUGGGUGCAUAUAUAUUUAUGAUCAUUGACUCCUGUUGUUGCAUUGAUCCUUUUACCAUUAUGUAAUGUCCUGCCUUGUUUCUUUUAGUCUUUGUUACUAUUAAAGUCUAUUUUGUCACAAAA